AUCGAGUAUCCGAGCAACAGCUUUCCACUGAUCUAUGUCUUUUAUGGAUGGGCCAUGCGAUUUUUUUGUCGCGUUUCCAGGAUCGCACUAUGGCUUUUUUUCUUUUUUCAACAACCGCAUUCCGCAUUUCAAGGCGAUCCCCUCAAUCUAAGCCCAGUCACCUCGGUCACUAAAGAGAGCCCCUUAAUCAACCAGAACUUGGUGUUGACUUACAGACAACAUGCCACCGGGCAACACUCACAAAGAAAGACGACUCCCUGGGCAACAAGUGAAUCCAACCGUACUCUAUCGAGUUCUAGUGUCGCCCCAUAUUCCGAGCUCUUUUCGACAAAACGUGCGCGAGUAUACAAUUCGAUCGACCGAAUGAAUGCGGCUUUGUCUUUUUUAGCCACAAAAUAGAAAGAAGGUUUUCGGGAAAGUAACCGUGGGUUCCCGAAGCGACCGAAGUGAUCAAAGCGCAAUCAAACACAUGACUCAGGUGGCAAGUCGAAAUAUACAAACGGAAGGAUCGAGCGAAAAAAAGAGAUCCGACUUGUUGCAUGGCAACUUUUGGGUAUGGUGAUAUUAGGUGGUUUUUAUUUUUAUUUUUGGCUGGGGCAAUUUGGAAGACGG